AUGGUUUAUUCCUCCCAAAUGCUACUGCUAUUUUUGUCUCUGGUUACGAUCGUUGGGGCACGGAAUGGGACGAUACUUUGUCUGAUUCAUACGGCCACGCCGAGCCAUCAAACCCGGGCAAAUACCAUCCUCAACACAUGGGCUCCAAGAUGUGAUGAUUUCUUGUUUUUUACAGAUUCACACAUGGGCGAUCAUAUCCCACACGUCUACUGGCCAGAGUUGAACGAGCGCGACCAUUCCUGGGAGAAGAUACGAAGGAUUUUCAACCACGCCAUCGAGCGGCAUCCCGUAAAGUAUGAUUGGUAUUUGAGGGCUGAUGACGAUGCGUAUAUUGUGGUCGAUAACCUACGAGCUUUUUUGUAUAAGCAUUCGCCGGAUGUGCCGCACUAUUUCGGGUAUAGGUGGAACUUCUUUUCGGAAGAAGGCUACGCUGACGGUGGCGCUUACAUCCUUUCCAGACCGACCGUGGAGGCUUUCAAUCGGGUAAUGAAAGACCCAGAGCUCUGCCCAGACUUCCACAGGGCCGAGGAGGACCAGGAGAUUUCAAAGUGUCUAGCCGCUGUUGGGAUCUACCCUGAGGAUACAAGGGAUGAGAACGGAUCCGAGCGUUUUCACCAUUUCCAUCCUAGCGAACAGCUUGAAAUGUACAAGGACGGGUUCGCGAGGAGAUUUGCCUAUUAUACACCGUUAAAGGGCGCAAAGAACUUCUCGCCGUCGAUGAUCUCCUUCCACCAUAUUUCACCUUACGAAAUGCGUAUAUUGGAUUAUAUUCUGUACACUUUUAAAAGGAGAAAACCAACGAGUUUGUUGAACGAA